UGGAGCACGGAGGAAGCGAUGAGCUGUGCUUUGGAUUAUAACGCUUUUAAACAUGACUUUUUAUUCCAUCUUGGAGCGUGGCAAAUAAUAGAUCUUUGGAAAUUGCGCAACUGAUGAUGGAUUUGAGGUUUUUUGACGCACAUUGUCGACUUGGAUCCGUGUGUUGUAGCCGAUAAAGGAUGACAAAGAGAAAGGGAUUCGUGAACUGGAGAUGGCAAGCCCUUUGGUGGUAUCAUUUCUUUCUUUUGUGGAGUACAACCAUCGGACAGACUCGGUACAGCAUCCAGGAGGAGCUCAAGCAGGGCUCUGUGGUAGGAAACCUCGCCAAAGAUCUGGGUUUGGGACUGUCGGAGAUUUUUGAGCGUAAAUUACGCGUCGCCUCUGAGGCUGGAGAGGAGUAUUUCAGCGUGGAUGCGGGGAAGGGCGAGCUGGUGGUGAACGGGAGAAUAGACAGGGAGGAUUUAUGCGGACAAAGCGCGAGCUGCGUGUUGCCUUUGCAGGUCGUCAUUGAAGAUCCGCUGCAGCUUUUUCGCGUUGAAGUAGAAAUUUUAGACAUAAAUGAUAAUCCACCCAGGUUUCCAUCCAAUCAAAUCACUUUGGAAAUUGCAGAGUCCACAGUAGUGGGGGUUCGGUUUCCUUUAGAAAGCGCGGUCGAUUUAGAUGUCGGCAGUAAUUCACUAAAGUCCUAUAGUCUCAGUAAAGAAGAGAGCUUCAGCGUCAGGGUAAAAGAGGUUGCUGGUGAAAGGAAAGUCCCUGAAUUGAUUUUAGCAAAAGUUUUAGACAGAGAGAAAAAGGCUGUUCACAAGUUGCUUCUGACAGCGCUAGAUGGAGGAAACCCGGUAAAAUCAGGGACAGUUCAAAUCACCGUCACGGUUUUAGACAUAAAUGAUAAUGUUCCUUUGUUUGAGAAACCAUCAUAUAAAGUAUCAGUGAGCGAAAAUGCGGAAAAGGGUGCAUUGAUAGUGCAAACAAAAGCGACAGACGCCGAUGAGAGUCAAAACGGAGAGAUCGAAUAUUUAUUUGGAGCGCGCACACCGGAGACCGUUCUCUCUGUUUUUACCAUUGAUUCUGUAUCCGGAACCGUGUUCUUAAAGGGAAAGUUAGACUUCGAAACAACUUCUAAUUAUGAGUUGGACGUGAGUGCUAAAGAUAAAGGCACCCCGAGAAUGGAGGGGCAUUGCAGUGUGCAGGUGGAAGUUUUGGAUGUGAACGAUAACGCACCGGAAAUCAUUUUCACCUCACAUCCAAAGCCAGUGCGGGAGGACUCAUCGAAUGGAACUGUAAUAGCUCUGCUCAGUGUGCGAGACCUUGAUUCGGGUGAAAACGGAAAAGUCACAUUGGCUGUCCAGAAGAACUCAAAUUUUGCCCUGAAAACGUCGUUCUCACAAAAUUACGCGCUCGUUACUAACGGUGUUCUCGACCGAGAAAAGAUCUCUGAAUACAAUAUUGAGAUAACAGCAACAGAUUCAGGUGUGCCGCCUCUUUCAAGUAAAAAAAAUAUUCCUGUCAGAAUCACUGACGUGAAUGACAACCCUCCAGUUUUUACGCAGAGGUCUUAUAAUGUGUAUUUGAAGGAGAACGGAGUUCCGGGUUCUAUUCUGUUCUCAGUAUCCGCGUCUGAUCUGGAUUCAGGUGAAAACGCAAAGAUCUCUUACUCCAUCCUGGACUCUAAAGUUCAGGACGUGUCCGUGUCCUCCUAUGUUUACAUGAACUCAGAGAACGGCAGCAUCUACAGCAUGCACUCGUUUGACUAUGAGAAGCUGAAGGUGUUUGAGAUCCACGUUCAGGCCAAGGACCAGGGCUCUCCUUCUCUCAGCAGCAACGCUACUGUCCACGUCUUUAUCCUGGACCAGAACGAUAACGCCCCCGCCGUCAUUUACCCCUCGUCCGCUGCUCUGGGCUCCCUGUCUCAUCAGAGGAUGCCCCGCUCCGCCAGAGCGGGUCACCUGGUCACCAAGGUGACGGCGGUGGACGCGGACUCGGGCCAUAACGCCUGGAUCUCCUACAGACUGGCGGAGGCCACAGACGCCUCUCUGUUCAGCGUCAAUCUGUACACAGGAGAGGUGAGGACUAAACGCGCUGUGUCCGAGCAGGACGACUCCUCUCAGAGGCUGAUCCUGGAGAUCAAAGACGACGGAGAGCCGCUCCAAUCCGCCACCGUCACCGUGUCCAUCCUGCUGGAGGACGCUCUCCAUGAGCCCAUCUCAGAGCUGCGACUCCACAAAGCGUCCGAGCCCAGCAAGAAAAGCGGCAGAAUCACCCUUUAUCUGAUCCUGUCUCUGGCCUCGGUGUCCGUGCUGUCUCUGCUGACGUUUGUCAUCUUAGCGGUGAAAUGCAUGAGGAGCAGCAGAAGCAGCGGCAGCUGCUGCUGCAUGAGACGCCAAGACUCUGAGGAUUACAAGAACCCCAACAGAAACCUGCAGAUUCAGCUCAACACCGAUGGACCCAUCAAGUACGUGGAGGUCCUGGGAGGAGACAUGAUGUCUCAGAGUCAGUCCUUCAGGUCCUGCAUGUCUCCCAUGUCAGAGUACAGUGAUUUCACUCUGAUUAAACCCAGCAGCACCACAGACUUUAAGGAGGUCAUCAGUGUGCUGGACGCCUCUUUACCUGACAGUACCUGGACCUUUGAGAGUCAGCAGGUGAGCCAUAAAUGCGCAAAUCAUCGGUCAAUGCAGUUUUAAACGAGUGACAGCUGC